AUGUCCCUCAAGGAAACUGAGAUUCAGGCAAAGGCCGCUUUGCAGAAAUCCUUGCGCGAAUCCGAAGAUCUCGUCCACUUCGAGCCUCGAGUCUACGGAGAUUGGCGCGAUGAAUUUCACGAAAAUGGUUGUGUCGUGAUCAAGAAUGUCAUCAGCCCUGAAAAGGCCAAGUAUUACUGCAACAAGCAGAUUGAAUGGCUUUAUAAGUUUGACUUGGGAUUUGAUCAAAAGGAUGAGAGGACAUGGACAGCUGAGCACUUGCCAGUCAACUUCAAGGGAGGAAUGUACUACGCAUACGCGGCACCGCACGAAAAGAUGGCAUGGGAAGCCCGCAUGGAGCCUGCUGUUAUCGAGAUAUUCGAGAAAUUAUGGGAGACAAAGGAACUGAUUUCAUCGUUCGAUGGCCUGAAUAUCUCCUUACCCCGACGAAAAGAUCUUACAUGGACUCCCUGGCCACACUGUGACCAAAACCAAGCUCGCAAGGGAAUGCAAGCUGUGCAAGGACUAUUGAACUUUGCGCCAAAUGGCCCCAAGGACGGAGGUCUGGUCUUGAUGAAAGGUUCUGCCAAAUUAUUCGAUGAAUACUUUUCCCAGGAUCGAGAGUCAUAUCUACAUGAAGACGCUCCUCCACCGGAGCUGAAGUACCAGGACCUCUUCCUGUUCCAUAAGGAUGACCUCAAAUGGUUUGAGGAGCGUGGUUGCGAACUAGUCAAGAUCAACAUGGAUCCUGGCGAUUUUGUUCUGUGGGACUCUCGCACCAUUCAUUACGCCGAGUUACCUCAAGGUGAUCAGAUACGACACGUUCAGUACAUUUGCAUGACACCUCGACGAUUCGCAACCGAAGAAGCAUUGGAAUUGAAAAAGCAAUGUUUUGAAAACUGGCUCGGUACAACACACUGGCCACAUUGUAAUAUUCGGCCGUCAGCUGAGAAACCUAUGAGAAACGGCAAAGUGUGCCCUAAGUAUCGUACAGAGCCAUUUGAAAAGCCUGAGAUUACGGACCGUUUGCUGCAGUUGGCUGGAGUGGAUGCGUAUGCCUGA